UUCAGAAAUGUUUAAAAAAAAAAAAACGUUUUACUUAUUUGUUUUACAUUUCUGAAAGGGGCCCACAAGGGUGCAGGGCCCAUCGGUAAAUGCCCGGGAUGUCAGAUGCCCAGUCCAGCCCUGUGUAUAGAUAGCAGUGAUGUUCUCAAGAACUGCACCCUAAGUUUACUGCAAGUGGGGCCAGUGAGGCCAUUGAUAUCAAGAUAUCAAUUGGACAACUAAGGGUUCCUGCCAUGUUACUACACCUUUCAUAUAGCGCCCAUUUUUUAAUCUGAAAAUCACCACAUUUCCUUUUGUGUAACUACAAUGUAAUAUCGUUCUGUGUCUCCCUCCACCCCAUCAAGACAAACCCAGAAUGCUGAACAUCACCGGCAAUGUGAUCAUCAAGGCGGGCAACACGCUAACGUUAGCAUGCCACGCUAAUGCUAACCCCACACCCUUCUAUCAAUGGAGGCAUAACAGAACAGUGCUGUCCAAUCAGAAGAGUGAUACACUGGAGAUUUACUCCAUCAACGUAACCAACGGGGGCGUCUACGAGUGUAUGGCCACAAACACUCAGGGACAAGACUCAGCUAGAAUGACUGUGAUUGUGACUGUGGAAAACUAUGGAGAUGCUGUGGUGAUUGGAACAUGGACAGUGGUCUGUGUCCUGGCGCUGGUGAUCGCAGCAGUUUGCCUUUGGAGGAGGCGCCGCCAGCAGCCCCAGUAACAAAGAGCAACAUGGGA